CCGUGCCAUCCCUCUCGACCAGCUUCUCGACGCUGUCUCAACGCGUAUCCCCAUCUACUUGCCUUCUCUGCAAAGUCUCCGCCGCUGCUUUUAUUGCCACCCACCUUCUCCCAAACGCCCCAAGGCCGCCAUGGAUUCCCAGAAGCCGUCGCCGCUUUACCCUAAAAUCACUGACGACUCCAAUCCCCAAAUCCACUCCCCUUUCCCCUCCUCCUCCAAACACUCCCUCUAUCCCUCCCUCGACUCCCCUUCCAGUCCCACUCCCUCCCCUCCCCCCUCCGCCCCUUCCCUCUACCCUUCGCUCGACAUGUCCGAUCUCGUCGAGAACCUCUUCCCCGAUACCUCCCACGGCGAUGGCGUCGACGACGACAAGCAGACUCUCCUUCCGCCUCCCGUCGAGGAAACCAUCAUCCGCAUCCCCGGCGCGCUCCUCCACCUCAUCGACCCCCACCGCAGCGUCGAACUCGCUGCCGGUGACUUCUCCCUCGCCCGCCUCCGCCAGGGCGACAACGACCUCGCCGUCCUCGCCCGCGUCGGCGACGGCCUCGUCCAGUGGCCCCUCGCUCGCGAUGAGGCCACCGUCAAGCUCGACGACUCCCACUACUUCUUCUCCCUCCGCGUCCCCCCGACCUCCGUCGGAGACCAAGACGACGGCAGCGGCUGUGAUCUGCUUAAUUAUGGCCUCACCUUCGUUGCCAAGGGUCAGGAGGGCCUCCUCGAGGAGCUCGACCGCCACCUCCAGGCCUACAGUAGCUUUUCCGUGCAAAGGAUUGAAGUCAAGGGCAGGGAUCUGCCUUCGGCAGAGGUGCUGGAUGGGUCGGUGACCAAGGAAGUGACGCCGGAGGAGGGGAUGGGGCCGAAGAAGCAGAUGUUGGAGGAGCGAUCAGCGGCGUACUGGACGACCGUCGCGCCGAACGUGGAGGAGUAUAGCAGCUCGGUCGCGAAUAUGAUCGCCAAGGGUUCCACGCAGCUCAUCAAGGGCAUAUUGUGGUGCGGGGACGUUACGGUUGAUCGGCUCAAGUGGGGAGAGAAUCUUCUGAAGAGAAGAAUAGAACCAGGUUCAAAACCCGCAGAGAUCAGCAAAGACGCCUUGAAGAGGAUGAAAAGGGCGAAGAGGGUCACAAAAAUGUCAGAGAAAGUUGCUACUGGAGUUCUCUCUGGAGUUGUGAAGGUUUCUGGUUUCGUCACGAGCUCUGUUGUAAAUUCAAAAGUAGGCAAGAAGUUCUUUGGACUUUUGCCCGGGGAAGUCGUCCUUGCAUCUCUAGAUGGUUUUGGGAAAAUUUGUGAUGCUGUGGAAUUGGCCGGCAGCAAUGUUUGGCAAACAUCUUCAGUUGUGACAACUGGACUUGUGUCACACAGAUAUGGUGAUCAAGCAGCUGAAAUCACACAUGACGGCCUUGGAGCUGCAGGGCAUGCUUUAGGAACCGCAUGGGCAGUCUUCAAAAUCCGGAAGGCACUUAAUCCUAAGAGCGUCAUGAAGCCAUCAACGCUAGCCAAGUCUGGCCUCAAGGCCGCUGCAAACGAAGCGAGAACGAGCAAGGGUAAAUGACGAGAGAGCUGUCAUGUUUCAUUCGGUAUGAAAAUGUCCUGCAAUGGCGCUUUCGAGAUGUUCACUUUCUUGGCCAUGGUUUGACGAGCUGGUUUUGUGUUGGUGAUGGUCGUGUUCUAUUUUAUUUGUUGUUUCGUUUUUGGGCCUUUUGCGUGUGUCGAUAUUAACUACCAAAACCAAGAUUUAUGUGUCACAUGUAUAUGUUACAACGAGAUUUAGGUAUCGCAUGCAUGUGCUAGGACAAGAAUCACUUGUAUGAUAUUGUUGUCUAGUAUGGUGCAUUUAGCCGGAAAAAUGAACUUGAAAUAUUAAUUGAAACUAUGAUUCUUUUUUAUUAUUA